AUGGGUUCUUCUUCUAGAAAUUUGCAUGCAGGAAUAGGUGAAGGGCAAUCAACCACACGGCCACCUCUCUUUGAUGGAACCAAUUAUACAUAUUGGAAAGAACAAAUGAGAAUCUAUAUUCGUUCCACGAACUUCCAAUUAUGGUUGGUUAUCAAAAACGGGGAAGAAGUGCCGAUGAAGAAAGUCGGAGACAAGUUGAUCCCCAAGACCGAAGACGAGUUUGAUGCCGAGGACAUCAAAAAGGUCGAGAAUUAUGCAAAAGCAAUAAACAUGCUUUAUUGUGCCGUAAAUCCUGAUGACUACCGCAAGAUCUCUUGCUGCUCAACCGCCAAAGAGAUGUGGGAUAAACUUGAGGUGACGUACGAUGGAACGGACCAAGUACGUGAAGCCAAGAUCGACUUCCUCACUCAAGAGUAUGGGAUGUUUAGGAUGAAGGAGCACGAGAAGAUUGACGAUAUGAAAUGCAUAGCAUUAAAAGCCUUCAAAGAACCAACGAUGAAUGACUCAAGCGACGAUGAUGAAGUCAAGCUUGUCAUGAAGAAGUUUUGUAAACUUCUAAGAAAGAAAGAGAAGGUUGAGGAUGGCCCUGUGUGCUAUGGAUGUGGUGAAGCCGGGCACAUCAAGAACAAAUGCCCGAAAAGCGGAAGGAAUUCUCAGCACUUCAAAAGGCAAAGAGCAUACAUCUCCUGGGGUGGAGACUCCGGCGAUGAAUCAAGCGAACAAGAGGAAGAAGAGGAAGCAAAUCUUUGUCUCAUAGCUCAAGAAGAAGAGGAGUCCGCCAACAACGAAAACCAAGAGUUCGGGUCGGAAGAGGAACUCACACGCUUCAUCACCUACUUCGCCAAGCGUCCCAUCUCACCGCCAAGGGUGCUGCCCGAGCUGUUCCCUCAACAGAAGGGAUACUAUGACCUUGACAAUCAACUCAAGGAGUCGGGUUUGUGGCCCUUUGUCUCCAGGAAUCGCACCGCCUUCAAUCCCGCCUAUGUCCGGGUCUUCUACUCCAAUCUCCGCCGAGACGGGGACACCAUCCGGAGCAGCAUCAAUCUCUGUGACAUAGAGUUCGACUUGGCUACUUUUGCUUGGGUCGCAGGGCUGCCCAUCCGCGGUGAUGACAUCGUGACGUACGGUGGCGACGACUGGAUCCUCAACAACGAGGCGGUCGUCAUUCGCGAGCUUGGGAUCACCAACUUGAUCCGCCACAGCGGCGCGCCAACGAUUCACUCGGCCCCACCGGACAAGCGCCUCCUCCUCUACAUCAUAACCCGGAUUCUUCGCCCCCGGGAUAGCAGCCAUACCUCGCUCUUCAACGAGGACUUGAAGGCGAUCCACGCCAUCAUCCACGGCGCCUCCAUCAACUGGGCGAAAUUUUUAAUGAUUCACAUGACGGAUUGCGCCUCCAUCACCACCGAGCGAAGCUUGCCGUACGCCUUCCUCGUCAUGGACCUCAUCGUCUCCGCCGACAUCCACAUCGCCGGGCCAGACACGAAGAUGACAAAGCUGUGGAUCAUCCAAGACAGCACCUUCCGGAAGAAGUCUGGUGACAGAACCGGCGCAGGACGAAGUCGGGCUCCAGCCCCCGCUCCCGCCAAGGCGUCCUUACAGUCAAUAGCCGAUACCCUGAAUCGGCUAACCAUCACCGUGGAUGGCAUGGGCCAAUACCUGGAGCGGAUGGACUCGACGCUGCAACGCCAAAACCACAACAUGACGGCGUACUUCUGCGGCAUCAACUACGUCCCGCCGCCCUUUGACAGCACCAUCCUCGGCAAGAACUAUGAAGGCGAGGACGAGGAGGAUGACUCCUAUGCUCCGUCUUCCUCCCCCGACGAGGCCGACUUUGAGGACGCGGUCGACGGGGAUCCCAUGGACGUCGAGGACGACGAGGAUGACGAGAACGAAGACGAUGACGCCGAGGACGAGGACGCCGCUGCCUAGACUCUUCUCUCUCUCCUUUCCCUACUUUGAUUGCAAUUUUUAUCUAUUUCAAUUCCGUUGUAUUCAGCAUUUUCUCAUCUUUUAAUGAAUAAAAGUUUACUUUUAAUUCUUUUUGUUAAUGUCAAAAGGGGGAAGAUAUCAAGGUUAUGCAUAAAUUGAGGGGGAAUUU